CUUUGACUCAGAGGAAGGACUUUUAUAGAUAGGUAGGCCGUAGUACUCGUAUCAAAGACAAGCAACAGUCAUACUCUCAAAUCCACCCGCCCAUAUACCUAUACCGAGUUUACAACAGAGUGGCACUUUUUCUAGCCAUGAAUGGGACAGCAAGCCAUGCGGGCGAGCAGGCGCAGGCGCCGUGGACGCCGGAGUCGUGGAGAGGCAAACCCAUGAAGCAGUCACCCGACUACCCGGACAAGGAGGCUCUGGCAAAAUCCAUGGCGGAACUCAAGCGACUCCCGCCCAUUGUCCACCCUCGGGAGAUUGUAACACUCAAGCAGCAUCUGCGAGAUGUGGCACGGGGCGAGGCCUUCCUCCUUCAGGGAGGCGACUGCGCAGAGCUCUUCGCCUACUGUGAGCAGGACGCCAUUGAGUCCAAGAUCAAGCUGCUACUGCAAAUGAGCCUGGUUCUCAUCUGGGGCGCCGAUAAACGAGUCGUGCGGAUCGGCCGCAUGGCCGGCCAGUACGCGAAACCACGGUCAAGUCCGACCGAGAUGGUCGAUGGCAAGGAGGUGCCGUCCUUCAGGGGCGACAUUCUAAACGGUUUCCCGCUUGAAGAGAGGGAGCUGGACCCGCAAAGGCUGGUCAAAGCCUACCACCACUCCUCGGCGACUCUGAACUACAUCAGGGCAGCCAUCGCCUCGGGGAUUGCGGAUUUGCACCGCCCCUUGGACUGGGAACUGGGCCAUGUCCGCGACCCGGCUCUCAAAGCCAAGUACUCCGAGGCGGUCAAGUUCCUCACGGAUAUGCUCCAAUUCAUGCAUACCAUUGGAGCCGACAAGAGCAACAAGCUGGACACAGUCGACCUCUUCACCAGCCACGAGGGAUUGCUCCUCGAAUACGAGCAGAACCUGACGCGCCUGCUGGACAACCCGGCCCAUUCCCCGUCCUCUCUCGACCCUAGCCAGGCGCAAGCCGGGCAGGCCGGGAAGGAGUACUACGACACGUCGGCGCACUUCCUCUGGAUCGGCGACCGCACGCGGCAGAUCGACGGCGCGCACGUCGAGUUCUUCCGCGGCAUCGCCAACCCGAUCGGCGUCAAGGUGGGCCCCACGACGCCGACGAGCGACCUCCUGGAGCUCCUACGGACGCUGAACCCGUCGCGGGAGCCCGGCAAGAUCACGCUGAUCACGCGGUACGGCGCGGCGCGCGUGCGCGACCUGCUGCCGCAGCACAUCCGCGCCGUCGAGGACAGCGAGUACCGCCGCGCCGUCGUCUGGCAGUGCGACCCAAUGCACGGCAACACGCGGUCGACGGCAUCGGGCGUCAAGACCCGCCACUUCGCCGACAUCUUCUCCGAGCUGCAGGAGACGCUGCGCAUCCACAAGGAGCAGGGCAGCUACCUCGGCGGCGUCCACCUCGAGCUGACCGGCGACGCCGUGACAGAGUGCCUCGGCGGGAGCGAGUGCCUGGCCGAGGACGACCUGUCGACCAACUAUACCAGCUUCUGCGAUCCCCGGCUGAACGAGAAGCAGGCUCUCGAGCUGGCCUUCCUGAUCGCCGAUCAUUACCGUAGCGAGAGAAUGACGGUCUGAAACGGAGAGGGCGGUACUUUUUGCGUGGCAUCUUCUGCGGCGUUAUGGUUCAGAUGGGAUACGAUGGACAAAUGGGAUAUCUAGGUCCAUCACUGCGAGUCAAACCCAAAAUAAGAAAAGGUUACUGUUUUGCCUACCAGGUUGCGACUUAGAACAUCAGAAAAGGCACUAGGUUGAGAUUGUUCGCUGGGGUAGAUUUCAGAACCAGAAAGCUCCUCUAGACUCUUAUUCUAAGAAUUGUCGACAUCCAAGGGGGGAGUGUCCUUCCACUUCUACAACCCCUCCUUUUUGCAUCCACGUAAAUCCCCAACGACUCUAGGUUACUCACAACCGCGCCCCGGACGCCGCCCCCAGUCAAGACAACAAGGU